UACUCCCCAACACUGGAGAUACUGCAUAUCCAGUAUGUAAAUUGUUGAACCACAGCCAGAUUAGCAGCAGCUGGAAUUUGAAUGUACUGGACUGAUGCAGCUCACAGGCAUCAUAUCUUUCUUUAGUCAUACCGUUGAGGAUCAUAAAGCUGCAUUUCUAUAGUAUGUAUAGGGAAAAUGCCGGUAUAAGUAUCAGAGGGGUUGGUGGAGCUGCUGGAGUCUCUGCAAACGUUUCCAGAACAAGUACAGCAACAGGUUUUUGGCUCAGGAUGAAGUCCUGUGUACUUUUCUUCUUCUUCUUCUACUUGGCAUCUCCGAUUUCCUCCAUCACUGCUCCCCCUCCACCUGGCAUCAAAUUGCAAAUCAGAGAAAAUGCCAAGGAUGUCUUGAAGGAUCUUGGUCUGAUGUACUUAAAGGGGCUGGUUAACAAGCAGUUCCCCAUAGAUGAUAUAUGUUUACCAAUCAAAAGUGUGAACCUUACUGACCUACAAGUUGAUCCUGCUAAGGUGGAUUUUAAGUUUCAGGAGAACAUUGGUGUCCAGAUUGAAAUCAAGGACAUGAACUUUUCUCUAGAAAUUCAACGAGAAGCAAAAGUGCCUUUCACUCAAAUCAAGAUUAUCGAAGGCACAACAACCUUAACUGCAGAAGGCGUGACUGCCACAAUCACAGUGAGAAUGAACCAAAACCCACAAGGACACCUGAAUGUUGAGAUACCAAGAGAUAACUGCACAAUCAAGGCAGAUACCAUCAGAACAACAUCCAGUGGCCUUACAGGGUUUUUGUUGGACUCACUCCAGUAUUUCCGAUUGUACCUGUAUCUCUUCAACGAUAAGAUCUGUCCUGCUCUUCAACCUAUGAUAAAUAAUAAGCUGAAGGACUUGCCCAUGAUGAGCACAGUCUAUGAAGACCACCAAUUAGACUUGGACUACUCCUUGAGCAGUGAUAUCGAAGUGACAUCGAGCAGCCUUGACAUAUCUUUCAAGGGCUUACUGUCUGUACACGGGAAGGCUGUGGACCCUGGUUCAAUAAGGCCAGGCAGAGAACCAGUUUUCACAGAGACAAACAAGAUGGUCUAUGUGGGCAUCUCUGAGUUCUUCUUCAAUGGGGCCGCCAUGGCAAUCUACAAAUCAGGACCAUUUGAAUUUAACGUUCCAGAGAUGGAAGGACUGCUGGUUGGUCUUGGCCAGAAGAUUAUGGAAAUUAAACCGGGUCCAUGGACAGCGGAGCUGAUUGAGGCCCCAAUCAUUGAAAUCAGUAAUGAUGAUUUGAGUGCUACUGCGUAUUUCAAAGCACAACGUAAAGCUAAGCUAAACGGUUUUCUUAUGACCUGUCGAUUUAAAAUGGAUAUUGAAUUCAAAGAACGGCUCCUCAUUAUGAACAUUCAAGAACCAAAAUGUAAGGAAAAAGCUGGAAAGAUCAAAGGCAAAUUCCUGGCUUUUUUGGUUAAUGUCUUUCAUGAACGCAUAACCAAGUCGCUUGUUAAAGAAAUACCCAUCCCUCUUCCUGCUGAGCUGAGCCUUAUUAAUGCAACGAACCAGUUUGAAGAAGGCUAUCUGGUGGUGGGAGGAAGCCUGACCUUUAACCCUCAGAACAGCAGCAAUGCUGGCGGAUAAGCAGCAAAGGCUGAAAUAUGGAGUUUAUGAUCCUCUGAAUGUCUGGCUCUUUAUGCUAAAUAUAAAAUCUAUGUUUGAAUAGCUUAGAAAGUUAAAUCUAUCAGAUGAAAAUACUGCAUAUACUGCCUGUUUCUGUGAUUUUUUUUUUGUCUUCAAUAAAAGCUUCAGCAUCAGAGCAAAGAGAAAGUACUUCACCAACCUGUUCAUGUCACUAAUCUGUGGUUUACAUUAAAUCUGUCUAAUCAUGAUACAGUAUACAUAUGUAGUGAAACACACAACACAGAAACACACAACACAUCCUACACGUCCUGUGGACCAUGACAUGCAGUCAGUAAUAGUCACUCACCUUUGAUUACUGAAUUGCAUUCACUUCAUCAAUGAAUAAGAUUGAACAUUUGUCCUAGAUUAAUAUUGUAGGGUCUUUACCUUACAAUAUAACAUGACUUGAGUCAAGAUUUGCUGACAGUUAACUGGUGCUUUAUGAAUAAAACUGAACAGAUCUAAAGGUGUUCCUGAAAUGUGGGUUUAUUAGAACAGGACAGAUGGAUGACCCUCUCAACACAGGAC